GUCGAGUCCAUCCUGUUCGACUCACGCCCAGAAUCUGCCGUCUCAUGGUUCGUCUGCACGCCAUCUGCCUUCCACAACGGCAUUCCGCGUAAACAUGCUCAUUUGGCUCCAGCACGCUUACCGUCAGCGCUCGAGACAGACAUUCCGAGAGGACUUGGUCCCUCCUAGAAGAUCCCACCCGACUACAUAAUCCGAAGCCUUUCAUGUUGGGAGCACAGCACAAUGCUUGGUAAUGAUGGAGGAAACAAGGCAAAAAGAAAGUGUUCCGCCGCCGUGGCGACGCCGACCGACCACCAGGACAAUCCAGCGCCCCCGAAGCGCCAGAGAGUCUCGAGGGCCUGCGACCAGUGCCGCGCCGCACGGGAAAAAUGCGACGGCGUACAACCCAUCUGCUACACCUGCGCCUCCUCCAACCGCGAAUGCUCGUACACGGCGACGUCCAAAAAACGCGGCAUCCAGCCCGGUCACAUAAGAGCCAUGGAGCUUGCCCUGGCGUGGGUGUUUGACAAUGUCCCUGGAACGGAGGAUGCGCUGCUGUCGAUGCUUGGACACCCGGAAGGACGAUCACUGCUAUGCGGAAAGGACACAGAGGGCUCAUUGAAGCUGCACAAGCGGUGGCGGAAAAGCAACUUCUGCAAAGAGAUUGACCGCUCGCUGACCGGCGCGGAUCCAGCAAUUGAUCUCAAAAAACAAUCGCCUGCAUCUAUACAAGAUGACCAGCUGAACGAUGGUGAAUUCGCGGCGGAAUCGCACUUGGCAGGGAAAGCCGCGUUUAAUGCAGCGCUGCACUCCGACGAAAGUUCGAUCUUGCCUGGCAGUCAUGGAAAUGCGGCGCAGGGCGCGCUCAAGGCUCAUGGUCCAUGCCCACUGAGAACGCUGCCUUCAAGAAUCAGGUCAAGCUCGCAAUUGACCCCGAUGCUGAAGAUCCCCUCAAAUCUGUGGCGCCUGCUUGACGUGUACUUUGCUUAUACCCAUUGUUGGUUUCCUAUCGUGGAAAAACAUGAUAUCAUGAAGCUUUCGUAUACUUACCCUGAGGAAGGAUUGGAUAUUUCAGCGGACAAGCCCGGGUCUGGGGAACAUGCAGAGCUCUGGAGCAUACUGGCCUUGGCUUCACUCCAACAACAAGCCGCAAACCCAGCAUCUUCCUGGAGACAAGAUGAUGGAGCUCCGGUAUCACCCAGCGAUAUCUACAAUAUUGCACGCGGCCUGAUUCCCACCGAGCAAGGGACUUAUGAGCUUGGUCAUGCCAAGGCUCUCCUUCUGCUUGCUCUGAUCAACAUAGGAGGAAAUAACCUUAAAGCCGCCUGGCUCCUUAUUGGUCAUGCUGCUCGAUUAGCCACUUUGCUCGGGCUACAUAACCAGCAUAAUGUCCCAGGAGGAUUCGCUGGUACCGAAGAGCAAAAUCCCCGAAGAAAGCAUGUAUUUUUGGCAUGUUUCGCGCUCGACACCCUUGUCUCAGCCAAUCUUGGUGAAGAACCUUCUCUCAAAACUGAACAUGUCAAAAGGUUGGGGCUUCUAGAUGAGGAUGGGCUUGAAGAAUGGCAGCCGUGGGUCGGCUGUCCAGACUUCAAGCCUAGCAGCCAGAAUCCAGCCCAGUACACCAGAAGUCCGGUGCAUACUAUCAGCACGUUCAACCACAUCAUUCGAAUUAUGAGCGUCAUCAAUGAUGCUUCCAUGAGGUUCCUCGACAGCCAUCAUGCUUCAAUGCGACUCCAGCAGUGGGUAGCCAGUCUGCCUCAGACGCUCAGCUCGGUACAAUCGAAUCAGCCAACUGCAGCACCAACGCCUACCCUGGCCGGUCUGCGGCUUAUAUAUUGCUGUACCAUUAUGGCCGUUUCGGUCUCGCCUGUUGUGCCGGCGGAGAAUGUUGUCGAGUCGUUCAUCAGAUUCGCUGAUGCAUUUGGUGCUCCCGCAAUGCUUCCAAUCUUCCGCCCCUUGAUCGCUCUGGCUGAACGAAGCGGCUCCUUCAAGGCCCUUUCGCCAGAGUCGCGGUACAGGUGGGCGACACUUAUGAGCAGCUACCGUGAACUAUGGCAGCAGGCCCAAUCAUCUGAAUCGUACAAUCCAAACGCCACUGAUCCAAUGUCAGUCGCACACUCUCCAAUGGGCUCCGUAGGUAGCAUGGCAAAGCCGCCAUCUUUCUCCUCUUCUGUGGCGCAGUAUCCAAGCUCCAGCUCAACGGCCUUCGGCCAAUCAACUUUCGGCAACAAUGUAGCAUUUGCUCAGCGGCCUUUCCACACUGCGGCGCAAUACGCAUCUGCGAACCAUCAUCCAAGCAAUCCUUUCCCGCCGCAUAGUCUACCUUUCCAACCGUCAAUACGAACACCCGGCGCCACGACACCAAAUAAGGAAUCCACACUUCAGCAACAGACACCUGCCUUUACGAACGGCAGCAUGGGCUCGACUCCCAAUUCCAACCUCUGCGCGCCUACGCCACGAACCAUUUAUGAUAACGCAGAACUUCAUCGCUUCCAUUCGGCCGGACCGGUUGCCCUUGACUCUCUUUUUGACGAACUAAAUACCCUCGACGGUCAUAAUUCCCAGCCACAGUUUAUGCAGAACCUGGACUUUGGCUCUGAUAUGAACUUGAACGAUGUCUUGGUCCUCACGAGCGACCAAGAGCAGGCUGAACAACAUGGGUUUGGCGCCUACGGGAUCCGUCAACCUGAACCGCCGCCGGAGACUAGCAGGCCUCCAACGACGCAAACCCAUUUCGACGUGGGGUUGCCGUCGGGAGGAUAUUUGGCAUUGCUGUAGGGACUGGUUAGGGGUAGAGGGCGGUUAUUUUGAUUUUAUUUUUUAGAGUCUCUGCUGGGAUCAGAUGGAGAGCAGGCGUUGCAAGAAGGGGUUGCGUGCUCGCUUCUAGAGUAAUAGUCCGCCAGGACGUAGUAAACAAUGCACGAGCAAUAAAUGGCAUGACCGGAUUAGGA